GUUCCCUCCAAAACGAGAGUUUUUGUUGGAUUCAGAUUAAGCAACAAAAAUAAAAAAUAGUAUUCACUAAUAUUUAAAAGAUCUGUUUUCCGUGUUGAUCAAGGAAACCAAGACUCAUUGUUUUCGGUAUUGUAGACCUUAAACUUGGUAAUCGUAGGCAUGAGCAGGAACGUCGUUUCCACUCCUGUUGCGACGGAAGAAAGCUUUGAUUAUCCGCCAUGGAUUUUAAAAACAGUUAAAAACCACAUUCUACCUUCCAAAUCACCUAGCAGCACACCAUGCAGCCUUCACCACGAAGCCUUUCAUCAACUUUCUAUCCCUCACCUGCCUGACAUGGUGUUUCCUGAUAACAUUUUACGAAUCCAACUGUCUAGUGGUGCCGGGAUCGAAUUCAAUGCAUUGGAUGCAUUGAAGCUUGUAAACGAUAAAGAAGAUUCAGUUAAGGUAGCUAUUGCAGAAGCUUGGAAUGAAUCCAGGGCAGACAUGAACAUUUCCCAUAAAGUCAGCCACCCAUUCGAUUGGACAUUCACCACAGAUUAUCGAGGAACUGUGCUUGGCAAUAUGGUGGUGACUGCAACGGAUUUGAAUAUUGAUAUGGAUAAACUGAAACAAAAGGAAAAGAUUCUCUUUUUCGACGAGAUUCAUUUGUACGAGGACGAGUUGGCCGAUCACGGUUGCGCUUCCUUUUCCAUCAAAGUGAGAGUUAUGCCAAGUGGUUUUUUUGUUUUAUUGCGUUUCUAUCUGCGCGUCGAUGACGUGUUGAUCCGCAUCAACGAUACCCGACUCUACUACGAAAAAGACAACCAGUAUAUGUUACGGGAAUACACUUCCAAAGAGAGCAAGACAAAGGACCUCAAGGUCCCUCGAGUCUUCUGGGGUGACCCGAAUGAAAUAUCUCAACAUCUGUCCCUUGUCCGUUCAAUCAAUGAAAAACUGGAAUUUUAGAAGAAAGCUUAAAAAAAUCACGAGUUAACUCGUUUGCUUUGCGCCACACACGUUCCAUCGUAUAUUCGUUCUCAUUACAUUGCAUCUGUUUC